CUCCCCUCGUGGCGUCUACCGUUAGUUAUCGGGUGACUCCGCUCUGGUUCCAGUCCAUCCACAUCAUAACUAUCUAUCUAUCCCAUCUUUCUCUCUCCUACUCCCAUUCCACGACAAAACUAAAUCGAUUCUCUUCGAGAAUACGAGAAGCUUCAAUACUCCACGAGCUAUCAUACCCUCAAGACAGGAAAUCAGAGAAUCAAAAAAAGUUCAUCCCCCUAUCCAAAGAAGACCAACAAUGUCCCCCACACUCCGCCGAUUGAUGAAAGAAGCCGCCGAACUAUCCGAAUCGUCUCCCUCGCCCUCUCCCUAUUUCUGCGCUCACCCAGUCUCCGACGAGAACCUAUUCGAUUGGCACUUCACUAUCUCCGGACCACCUGCGCCUUCUCCCUACGCCAACGGCAUCUACCACGGUCGCAUCGUCCUCCCGCCACAGUACCCGUUGCGUCCGCCGUCGUUCCGCUUCCUCACGCCCUCUGGUCGGUUCGAGGUCAAUCGCGAGAUCUGUCUGAGUAUAUCGGGUCAUCAUGAGGAGACGUGGCAGCCAGCGUGGGGGAUUCGGACGGCGCUGAUUGCGAUUCGGAGCUUUAUGGAUGCGGAUGCGAAGGGGCAAGUUGGGGGGUUGGAGGCGAAAGAAGAGGCGAGGAGAGAAUGGGCGGAGAAGAGUCGUGGGUGGACGUGUGAUGUGUGUUUUGGGGGGAAGAAGACGAAUGAGCAGAUCUUGACGCAGUGGAGGGAGGUGUGUAAGAGGAAGGGGAUUGUGGUUGAUGAGUAUGGAGGGGAGAGGGAGGUCGUUCCGGAGGAGCUGAGGCUUGAAAUGAAGAGUGAGAAGGAGGGUCGAAAUGAUGAUGAUGAUGGCAAGAAGCAGGUUGAUUCUGUCAAUGCUGCUGCUGCUGCUGUCUCAUCCGCAGAGUCCUUCGCUCAAUCAUCAUCAUCGAAUCCCAAUUCCUCGUCUUCGCCAGCUACGCAACAAAACGCAGAGCAGCCCUCUUCGUCUUCAACACAACAUACCAAUCCGUCUCCAUCCACGACAACCACUACUCCCAGCCCACAAACAAUAGUUCCUGAACCUGCUGUACAAGAACGUCUACAACCAACACGAACUGUCCCCACGUCAACCCGGCAACAAGUCGCCGUACAAUCCUCCGACGGACCAUGGCUCGAUCGCGCCAUCAUCGGCGUGGUAAUAGCGCUGAUAUUUAUGAUCUUGCGGAAGAUGACGACAAUGGAUGCAAUUUAACAUGUGGCCAAAUGCAGACGGGUUAUUUCUUGAAAUUAGAUUGGAUUGGAUUGGAUUGGACUAGGCGUUCUUGGGAAGGAGGGGGGACUUUAUCUAUUUUCUUUCUAAGAUUAGGAUACGAUCUAUUGGAAAAUAGGAAGCAAGCGGGCGAGUAUGGGCGUUAUCAUUUUCUUGUUUUUGUUUGGGAUACUGUUCUUGGCGAUAUUUGGGUCAUUUGAAUUGCCUUUUUCUUCCACCAUGUCCUCCUGCCUACGCUGUAUAUAUGAUCAUUACGACUUUCUAUGUUCCAUAGACUGGAGAAUAU